AUUUCCAGUGGAUCAUCAAUUAUUCUUGUUGAACCGAAAAAAGAAUUGAUUGAUAAAGACGAUUUAGAUACCAAUAAUAAUAAUAAUAACGAUCAAGAUAAUUCAAAAGAUCGACUAAGACAACAACAACAGGCCAUAAAUAAUAAUAAUUUAUAUUCAACAUUUAUCGAUAAAAACGAAGGUGAUAAAAAUUUUAUUCUUAAUAAUCAUUUACGAAUAGCAGCAAAAAGUCAAUCAUCAUUAUCAUUGGAAACUGGAUUGGAUCAAACUUCUAUAACAGGAUCAAUGUUUCAGAAUUUAAUAUCUGGCCAUUAUACGGCCAGUGGUGGUGGUCAAAAUCAUCAUCAUAAUCAUCAUACACAUCAUCAUGCAACAACAAUGGCAGCACAUCAUCAUCAUCAUGCAGCAGUUGCAGCUGCCGCAGUACAUCAAGUUGAUUUAACAGCAGCAGCGGCUGCCGCUGCUGCAUAUCAUAAUCAUCCAUUAUCAUCAAUGUAUGCGGCACGUACACAAUAUGGUUCAAUUUCAUCAUCACCUGAACAUAAUAAUAAUAAUAAUAAUAAUGAUACAACCGAUCAACAACAACAACAACAACAAAGUGCACCAAAUUCAGCAUCAUCAUCAUGGUCAUCGGUUACAACAACAUCAACAAUAUCUAAUCAAAGUAAUAAUGAUAAUGGAAAUAAUAAUAAUAAUAAUAAUAGUGAUGGUGCAACAACAAUUGUUGAUAGUGAAGAAGAUCGUAAACCAACAACAACACCAACAACAACAAAUUCUUUACCAUUAAUGAAUGGUAAUGUAAAUGGAAGUCAAUCAUCAUCAUCAUCAUCAUCAUCAUCAACAACAGCAACAACAACAACAGCAGCAACAUCAUCAUUUCAAAAUUCUCAACAUUUUAAUAAUGCAAAUAAUAAUUCAAGCAAUAAUAUAUCACCAUUUGGUUCAACAAGAUUUCCUUUUCAGAAUGUAUCAUCAUCAUCAUCAUCUUGUUCGAUAACUGCUUCAUCGCCAAGUCCUACUGGUGGCCAAACAACAAAUUCUCAACAACAAAGAUCAAAUUUACAAUCAGGAUCUACAUCUUCUAAUGGUGGUGGUAAUGGUAAUGGAACAUUAUCAUCAUCAUCCUCUUCAUCAACAAUAGCAAAUGAUCCUCCUACAACAGCAUCAAGUGCUGCAUUAGCAGCAGCUGCAGCUGCUAAUUCUUAUGCAUCAACAUUUCGUUCAGCAACAAUGAAUGGUUUACAUCCGGCAUAUGCUGCCGCAUCAUAUGAAGCUGCAGCAGCAGCUGCUGCUGCAUGUGCAUGGGCCGGUAGGCUAGAACAUUCAGUACCAUCAUCAUUAGCAGGACGUUUAACUGAUCAUCAUACAACAACAACAGCGGCUGGAUUUCCGGCCGGUUUAGCAGCUAGUCAAGCGGCAGCAUUCCGUAGAUCGGAUAAUCAUAACAAUCAUACGAAUGGAUUGGAUUUCUUUUUUGGUUCACCAGCAGCAGCAGCCGCGGCUGCUGCUGCUGCUGCCGCUGCAGCUUCCGCAGCUAAUUCACCAACAACAGGUUCAGCUACCGUUUCCGUAGCUGAUCAUGCUGCGGCAGCAGCAGCAGCAGCUGCAUCCGGACAAUUAAAUAGUCAUAAUACACAACAACCACAUCAUCAUCUUCAUCAUCAUCAACAACAACAGCAACAACAUCAUCAUCAAGGACAUCAUCCAUCUCAAAAUCAUAAUCAUCAUCAUCAUCAAGGAUCAAUUAAUAUGACCGAUCUUAGUAUGUCCGGAUCUACCGGUAAUCAAGGAUUAAUUGGAACUGUUGUUGGUGAUAAUGGUAUGGGCAUACAUGGAAAUGGUGGUGGUUGUAAUAUGCCCGGUGGUUUAGCAGCGGCUGCUGCUGCAGCAGCAGCUGGACAAGCAGCAUAUGCAGCUCAUUUUAGUGAAGGACGUGAAUGUGUAAAUUGUGGAGCAAUAUCAACGCCAUUAUGGCGCCGUGAUGGUACCGGUCAUUAUCUAUGUAAUGCAUGUGGACUUUAUCAUAAAAUGAAUGGCGCCAGACGGCCAUUGAUCAAGCCACAACGUCGUUUGGCUGCAUCAAGACGUUUAGGACUUUGUUGCUCUAAUUGUGGUACAACAACAACAACAUUAUGGAGACGUAAUAAUGAAGGUGAACCAGUUUGUAAUGCAUGUGGUCUUUAUUAUAAAUUACAUAAUGUAAAUCGACCAUUAGCAAUGAGAAAAGAAGGAAUACAAACUAGAAAACGUAAACCAAAACAAAAUUCAGCUAGUUCAGCAGCAUUAAGUUCAUUAGGAUUAUCAGUUACCGGUGCAAUUGGUGGUACACUUGGAUCAUUAGCAUCUGCUGUUGUUAAUAAUGGAACAAAUUGUAUUGGAACAACUGGUAUACAGAAUGGUUGUUCAACCGGUAGUUUACAAUCACAUCAUCAUAAUAAUUCAACCGGUGUAUUUCAUCUAAUGAAUCAUAAUAAUAAUAAUAGCAAUAAUAAUCAUCAUCAUCAUCAACAACAACAACAACAUCAUAAUUCACAUCAACAUCAUGGCAGUGGUCAACAUCAUCAACCCGGACAACAACAACAACAACAUCAUGGAAAUGGUAAUGCUAAUAGCAGUAGCAAUAAUUCAUCAACAUCAUCAUUGAAUAGUAAUGGUGGUGGCAAUAGUAAUAAAUUAGGACCAUAUCAUCAUCAUCAUUUGAAUCAUUUAAAUCAUCAUCAUUUAAAUUCUUCAUCUGGUGGUUCAUCAUCUUCAUCAUCCGGUUAUUCAUCAUCAAAUAAUAAUAAUAAUCAUAAUCAUAAUCAUAAUAAUCAUCUACAUCAUUUAUCCGGAUCAUCAUCAUCAUCAUCACAUCAUAAUCAACAACAACAACAACAUCAUCAUCAUCAACAAGCAGCAGCGGCUGCAGCUGCAGCUGCUGCUGCUGUUGCUGCUGCAAUGGCUGAUUCUGCAAAUUCUGUUAAAUUAUGUACCUGAUUUUCGAAACAAAAAACAAAAAAAAAAUCAUAAUUGCCAAUAAUCAAUCAAAGUGAAUAUAUGAUAAACACACACAGAGGAAUAACGUAUAUAACGUUCAAUCCACUUAAAUGAAAUUUAAAAAAAAAUCAAAUUUGAUCUCAACAUAUGAUGUUGUUUUGUUUCAAAAAAAAAACGAAGAAGAAGAAAAGAAUUUCAUUAUAACACCAAAAAAAA